UAAAAAAAUGUAUCGAGUGACAGAUCUAUUUUAUAUUUUAUAUGUGCUAUUAUAAACGAAAUAUUUUAUUUGUUAUCUAAUAAACAAUGAAAUUCAAGUAAUUAACACUAGAUGGAACUAUUCAUGUAAGAUCUGAUAAACCAUUUUGAUUUCUGUAUUCUCGAAAGCACGAAAAUCUGAAUUUUUCUAUUUUUAUAGUAUCUACUUUAAUGUGUCAUUAGAUUUCUGCGUUAUGUUUCGAUAAAUCGUAAGUGCAAUCUUACGAAAAAAGUAAAUGGAGUAUUAUCAAAUGCAGCGUAACAUUAUCAUUGCAUUUCAAAGAUGGACAAAUUGCAAUUAUUGCCAUUGGAAUUGCCAUCAACCACCAAUAUAAAUAAUGGAACAGUGAAAGGAAAAAUAUCAUUUGUUCGAAGAUUAGCAAUGGGAUUUGUGAUUCUGGCUACAUUAGGUUUAUUAUAUGUACCAGCAUAUCAUUCUGCCCAAGGUCCACUUUUAGGCUUAGGUGAGACUCCAUCUCCUGCAAAGCAUAUUGGUGUUUCACAUUUGGUAGCUUCAGUAGCACAGUUGCCAGGUUGGACAUAUAAUACUUCAAGAGAUCUUUCUGUAUAUAUUCAUCCAGAAAAUACAACUGCAGUUUUAAAUCCUAUUGGUAUAUGUUCUCCAUCACCAUAUCUUUUUAUAAUUAUUUGUUCAGCUGUUACAAAUAUCAAAGCACGAACAGCUAUAAGAAAUACAUGGGCUAAUAAAAAUAAUUUAGAUAAUAUAUAUAAUUCAUUUGUGAAAAUAGCAUUUCUUUUGGGUCAAAGUGACAAUGAUACACUUAAUAAUAUAAUAGCUGAAGAAAGUCACCAAUAUAAUGAUAUUAUUCAAGAAAAAUUUUAUGACACAUAUAACAAUCUUACAUUGAAAUCUGUAAUGAUGUUAAAAUGGAUAACAUCAAAUUGUGGUCAAGCAAAAUAUCUGAUGAAAACAGAUGAUGAUAUGUUUGUGAAUAUACCUACUUUAAUGAAAACCUUACAAUCAAGAUCACAAACUACUGAUAUAUUAUUAGGUUCUCUCAUUUGUAAUGCCAAACCUAUUUUAGAUCCAAAUAAUAAAUGGUACACACCAAAAUAUAUGUAUUCAGAGAGAAUAUACCCUAAUUAUUUAUCUGGUACAGGAUAUGUAAUGAGUUUAGAUGUGGCAUUUAAAUUAUAUCAUGCAGCAUUAAUAACACCAUUACUUCACUUGGAAGAUGUUUACAUUACUGGUCUUUGUGCAAAAUAUGCAAAAGUGCGACCUGUAAAUCAUCCUGGAUUUAGUUAUGUUCCACGUAAACUGGAUCCUUGUGUAUUAAGAAAUGCUAUUACAGCACACAAAGUGAAUGUGUCUAGUAUGUAUAUAAUAUGGAACAAAUUGAAUGAUACAAAUCUCUCUUGUAGCAAUCACACUCAUAUUGAUAAAAAAUCAGUUACAUUAAGUAGAAAUAGUAGAAAUAUUUGAUAUUACAUAAUAAAGAGAACUAUUAACAAAUGUGUUUAAAUUAAUUAAAGUUUUUUAAGCAUUAAAUAUGUUAUUUAUUAUUGAUUUAAUUACUUGUUAUA